CUCUAUGAUUCCCCCCCUUUGGUUGCUCAGGGGAGGUGGCGCCACUUCCGGCGUCGCGCUUGCGCUUCCGCUGCGUCUCGGUGGUGGUGAAAGUCACUUGGAGGGGAGACGGUUAAUUAUUCCCAUUAAGGAUCAUUAUUUUCAUCAUUAUUAAGCGUGUUAAUUAGCGAUGGCGGAGGACGUGAAGGCCAAGCUGGCGCGGUACAAGACGGCGCCGUUCGACAGUCGCUUCCCCAACCAGAACCAGACCAGGAACUGCUGGCAGAACUACCUGGACUUCCACCGCUGUGAACGCUCAUUGGGCGCCCGUGGGGCUGACACCUCCCCCUGCCAGUGGUACUUCCGGGUGUACAAGUCGCUGUGUCCGACCUCCUGGGUGACAACGUGGGACGAAUACCGCGCCGAGGGGACCUUCCCCGGCAAGAUCUGAGCGUCCCCACGGGGUUGGGGACACGCGGUGACAUGUGGGGACACGGGGGGGACACACAAUGACACGUGGGGACAGCGCCCGGUGGCACCAACAAUAAAGAGUUAAACUGGA